AUGGUGUUGGCGUCGCUGCCUCCUGCUCAUGUCCUGCAGGCCCAGUUAAGACCGGAUAAGGACCGACCCCACCCGUCGUCAGCCCCUCCGAAGUCCACAAUUUCCGUGGCCUCAUCGCCCGUUGCAAGUAGUGUCUCGGGGACCCUAAAAGCAAUUGGAAACGUUCUGGAUACGGCUUUCAACUUGCCUAGGAUGAUCUCGGACGAAAGAACUACCAGUUACAGCCCUCAGAGUCUGCCUGAACCCCUUCCGAAGAGACAUUAUUAUGAUGUUAGAGAUGUGAAGGCACAUCCAGUAGUGGUGAUCUACAACCCUCAUACUGGCGGAUUCCAAACCAUUGAUGCUCCUUCCGGCAAGUUUUUACCCAUUAUGUUCAAGUUUAUUUCGUUUGAAAUUCGAAUUUUCAACUUCCCGCCAAUUAAAAAAUUUCUUGGCAUUUCGUUGCAUGUCACUCUAGUUUAAGUUUUUGAGUAAUUACAUUGUUUUUUGAGUGUUUUUGAGUUCUAUUUAGUCAAAAAUCAUUUCGGAACUAAGAAGGAAGUUCCAAUUUAAAGAAAACUUUUACAACCCAUUUGAGGAAAGAACGCGCGCCGAAAGACGUAAAGUAAUCUAGCUAAAACAGGACCUUAGGGCUUGUUUAGACAAUUUAGAGGUCUGACUUGAUUCCUCGAAUUAACUUUGAUGAUCAGAAAACGUAAGUUUUGUAGUAGUCAUACGAAAUGUUAGGUCUUCUAAGAUUUUUUGAUAGAAUUUUAAUCUGGACGGGAUUUGACAAGUUUUGAUCGAACUUUAGAGCCCUCGUCUCCGAUUAUCCGAAUCCCAUCGGCCGAAAAUCAACGGGCCAAUGCUCUUCUGGCAUUCUCCAAAUCCUUCAAAAAGAUAAAACGGGCCAAAACAAUGACCAAUCAUGAUCAUCGCAAGAAGCGGAAGAGGAAAAGAAAAUGCCUGAGGCGUCGACGGUCCGCUCCCAUUCUUCGAACAACCGUAAAGGAGGAAUUGAUCUGGGCAUUUGUGAACAAUAUUGACCUGAGCCAGCCGGGGAGAUUACAGACGGUGGAGAAUAAUUUAAAUGGCGACAGGUUGAGUGUCUCCAGCCAUGAUCGGAAGCGCAGUUCAUCGCUGAUUCCAUACAGUGACAAGGAGAAAAAGAAAGCGCCCGAUAAACAGGAGCUGCUGAAGAAGAAGGUCCCGCUCACAGAAGUCUACAAGAAUAAGGUUAAAAAUUAAAAAAAAACUUUUGGCCUAAAGGUCGUUGGCAAAGAAAUCUAAUAAGAAAAGUUCGAGAAAGAAGAAUAAUAUUAAUUUUUGAAUUUCAGAGCUCUUUAUUCAACCGAGAUCAAAAGGAGAAUGACCCCGGGGCGUUUUAUAAAUCGAUUGAUGUCAUGCCCAACAUGAAUGUGGGACCCAACAAAAAAUCGAUGCCUUUGGUUGGCGAAUUGGUAAGUAGAACCGUUCAAGUGUCAGAAAUCUACUGACUCUUUGAAUGAAUUAGGGAUUUUCAAUGAAUUCUAAGAUUUCUAAAAAUAGAAGAAGUUCUGACAAUAAAAGAAAUCAAUUUCUUGAUGAUUGAAAAUAAUCUAUUUCCAAUUGCACAAUCUGUUCUUUCUAUUUACAUCGCAUAUGAAUGCCAUAAAUAUCAUCCACAGUCUAUCUCACCUGCUUCAGUACUUUUUGUACAAUCACAGAUCUUAUAUUCCGUUCCUAUCCAUCACCCUUUACAACGCCUUUAUAAAUUAUCGAAUCACUUCUGUCCAUUAUAAACAAUCUUUGGUUAUAGGUGCUCCAGGUAAGCCGGUGGCGGUCACAGUUCUGUAGAUUACUCGGUGAAAGGGCCAAGUUUAUUUCUUUCGGUGUUUUCUUCCCGUUUAUUUCACCUUCCACAUCAGCACUUUGGAAGGAUUUGAAGGUGUCAGGAUGACUUAUUUUUUGGAAAUUACGAAAUAAAAAAAUGUCAUCUCACACCUUUGUCUCCAUCCCAGUGCACUGUAAUUUAGUUUUUCUCACUUUCCGCACUUCGCACAGCAUAUAUUAUACCUAGCGUAAUAUAAAAAAUAUCCGGUAUAAUAUAAAAUAGUGUUACAUCUAAUGUAAUAUUGCCAUCUUGUAAUGUUUUAGUGAGCUUUUCCCAAUUUCAGUUUUGAUUUUCAUAACUUUUGAAUGGUUUCCCUUCCCUAACCCUUCGUAUUUUACAUCACUCGUUUCACUUGGUUCACUCUCACUAGUCCGAAUGUAAAAUACUUUAUUGUAUUUUACAUCAAAUGUGAUCGUCCUCACCUUUAUCGACACAGUUUUGUGAUUAGUCCACUUUUUCUCAUCACUGGUUACUAAGAGGAUUACUGUAUCAAGAAUUUAAAUGGUCAUUUCAGACUGUGGCCACGAAUCGGGCUCAGGCCGUAUUGGCCAAUGCCUCCAAAACGACGAUGCACGAUGAGGAGCUGGUAAGUUUGGACUACUGUUGCAUCGUAUUUUGCAAAUAAAAUAUAAUUUUUUUAAUGAAGGUUACUGAAUUUAAUUUUUAAUAGGGGUUCUAAAGUAAUGUUUUAGAAAAUGCUUGUGUAUCGAAAGACCCUCCAAGCCCUGAUCUAUCCCAUCAGUGCCACGACUCCUCACAAAUUCCAGACCACCAAUUUCCAGACCCCCACUUGGUGUUAUGAAUGUGAAGGAUUACUCUGGGGAUUGGCCAGACAAGGCCUCAGAUGUACUGAAUGCGGGGUCAAAGUUCAUGAAAAAUGUCGCGAACUCCUGAGUGCUGACUGUUUACAACGUAAGGAUCCUACUUUUUCGUGAGCUUGCACUGCUUAAGAGUAAUGCUUAUAAGGAUUAAUUCAUCCUUUAGGUGCCGCUGAAAAAUCAAAUAAACAUGGAGAAGGCGAUAAAGCCCAGAAUUUGAUAGCUGCAAUCAGAGAUCGAAUGAAAAUCCAAGAACGAAAUAAACCAGAGAUAUUCGACACCAUCAAGACUAUCUUUAAUGUGGAUGAUCGAACUCAACAAGAAACGUUGAAGAAUGUGAAGAACUCGAUUCUCGAAGGGAGCUCCAAAUGGAGUGCUAAAAUUCACUUAACUAGUAAGUUAUUCCUCGAGUCUACUGGUAGUAAAAUUUCUUAAUAGUUCAUGGAAACCUAAGGAUUAACAAUCAUGAUAUAUAAAGUAAUAUAAUUCUUUUAGUAAUCUGUGCCAAAGGCCUAAUUGCCAAGGACAAAACGGGUAAGAGCGAUCCUUAUGUGACAGCUCAGGUGGGCAAGACCAAGAAGAGAACCAGUACCAUCCAUCAGGAGCUGAAUCCAAGUUGGAAUGAGAAGUUCACAUUGUAAGUGGUCCAAGAGCCAAAAAAUUUUAAAAAAAUCAUUUAGUGAAUGUCACAACUCAACGGAUCGCAUCAAAAUACGGGUUUGGGAUGAGGAUAAUGAUCUCAAAAGUAAAUUGCGACAGAAAUUGACUCGAGAAUCGGACGAUUUCCUGGGGCAAACCAUCAUCGAAGUGAGAACAUUGAGCGGAGAAAUGGAUGUCUGGUAUAAUUUGGGUGAGUGUUCACCUUGAAUAAAUAUUUUUUUUUAGAAAAGCGAACUGACAAGUCUGCGGUCAGCGGAGCGAUCCAUCUGAACAUAAAAGUGGACAUAAAAGGAGAAGAACGCCUCGCUCCCUACCAUCUACAGUACACCUGUCUUCACGAACAUAUGUUCCAAAAUUAUUGUCAAGGAGAUACGGUGAAGAUCCCUGAGGCCCGAGGCACGGAAGACAGUUGGAAGACCUACUUCGAUGAUGUUGGCCAGGAAAUUGUCGACGAAUUCGCGAUGAGAUUCGGCGUUGAGAACAUCUAUCAGGUAUGUGCGUUGAAAGGAGAAUAAUUUUGCAAAGUGUUCAUGCAUAAUCAGCAACGUUAUCUUUCAAAUCUUCAGGCAAUGACGCACUUUGCUUGCCUGUGCAGCAAGUACAUGUGUGGCGGUGUCCCGGCGCUUCUGUCGACCUUAUUGGCCAACAUAAACGCCUAUUACGCGCAUGCGACGGCCACGUCCGCCGUCUCGGCACCCGAUCGAUUCAACGCGAGCAAUUUUGGGAAGGAUCAGUUUGUCCGGCUGCUGGAUCAAUUACACAAUGGCCUCAGGAUUGAGUUGGGAAUGUACAGGGUCAGUUCAAUUUUGUUUUUUUGUAAAGUGGAGGGGCGGAGUAAUGAAACAAAUGUUUUAACUCAAAGUAGUCGUUUGUUAAAUGUAUUAUAAUUAAAAAAAUACAACGUCAGAUUAAUUUGUUGUUGUAAUAAGUGUAAUUGAAGCCAGGAUUUCAAUAUCCUUAAGUGAUUUCGCCUUGCUUUUCUCGUUUCCCUCAAAUUCUGUUGGAAUCCGAAUCUUCUCGAAUCUUCUGAUAGUCUUUCUUUUCCAAAAAAUUUACACUUUAUUGUUUGAACACAGUUUUUCCGUCUUCUGCGGUCUUAAAAUUACAUCUGAAAUGUCUUUUUUCCCGAAUUCAACAUCAUUUUUUCGCGGAAUUUAAUAAUAAUAUUCGAAUUUUUGGAGGAAUUGAGAGUGGAUGGAGAAAAAAGUGCAAGUUAUGAUAUCAGAUGUUUUGAACUUGGGAGUUUUGACAACAAAUAUUGACCCCUAGGAGUCAUCAGAUGAUGUUUUUAUUAAUGGUUUUCUGAAGAAUCCGAAAAAUGUCGCUACAAACCCUUUUAAUUUUAGCGGUAAUCGGGAUAUAACAUUAUAUACUUCGAUAUAACAUAGGCAAACUCUGGGUGGGGGCGAAGACAUUAAUAGAGAGUUCAGGACCAAAUCUAGUCAUGGAUAAUAUCAGAACACAAAGGUGAGGCCCUAAUAUUUUUGUGGAAGCUGCAGAGGACCUCGGGGUGGAUAAAGCGGCCGUAAUCAGUGGCCGGAUUGACGCAAAAGCGGCCCUUUCCGGACUCCCGACCAGCGAGAGAUUUGAGGAUACAUAACAUAACGCCCCAAGGGUGCGCUCUCUUACAUUUCGUUUAAUUUGGAAUUACAUAAGUCUGGAGGGGAUUUUUAUGGGGAUUAGGAAUGGAAGCGACUCGAUUCACGGGUUCAUAGCCUCAGGGAAGGGAGUGUUUUCCGAUGAUACGUAGGUAAUAAUGGGCUGAUUACGGAGAAUAUAAUUUACUUUUAUGGGCUUUUUAUGGGCACGACGGCAAUUGGGAAUGAGAUAGGACGAAAUUCUCGAGUUUUCUGCAAUUUCAAAGACUUUUUUUUGGAUUAAAUAUCUACUAAAUACAAUAUCAAUUUCAUAAGCCGUCAUGUUGUUGACAGACGAAGGGGCAGGAACAUAUCUUUCCCAAGUCUUCGGCUAAUCUCACUCCCAUGCCCUAUAAAUUUUAAAGAACUGCCCUUGAGGCAAAAGAAGUUGAAUCCUCGCUUUUUGACCGUUGAAAACGAAAUUAAUCUCAAUUAUGGUUCUAAUAUGAGAAGAGUGGUGUCUGGAGGUCUUCCAUAAGUCCUAUUCGAUCUUUCGUUUGCUCAGAAAAUAUAGUAAGCGGCGUAAUUUCCCUUCGAUUAUUUACUAAUGUAAUUCAUGACCCAUCCCAGAGAACUGUUUCUAGAAAACCCGUCCCAAAAUUCAAAUUUCCUGCCCUGAGGGCACCAGUCCAUAAGAACUUUUGUUUGAAACCGCGACCUCAUUUUCGAUUCAGAUUUUUUUACUUUGUGCCCUAAAGGGAUUUUCAUGUUUUUUUAGGGCCAACGCGCCGGCCGAACGGCCGAAAAGUCUAUGCAUUGUUUGGAUGUAACGUCUCUUGCUUUUUUGUCGGUUAAUCCGUCGCUAAUCCCGUCAAGGUCUUCCUCGGGGUUCUGGGUUUCAGCUUGAUGGGCCUGGUCUGAGAUAAUUCGACUAUUCCUUUGACUGUCACACUACUUUGUUUUAUUGUUGUCCUCGAUUUCCUUGUAAAUAGCCCAAUCCUCUUACAUCCUAUCUAUUCCGUCAAGACACUUGUUUUUUUGGCGUCAAGAUGGCUGAUGUAAAGUCUUCCAAAUCGCGGCUGAGUCGUUGUCGAUCGGUGAGACCAAACAGAGCAGUCAAAGGCUCCUUUCGAAAGGUCUCGCAAUUCCCGGGACCCACAAGAACCAGAUCUGUGGAUGGACUGUCGAAUAAUCUGAACACGGAGGUCAGAACUACUCUCAAACCGACAGUAAUCGAUCUGGAUGAUGAAAUGCCUCCAGUUUUCGCCCGUGAUUACGAAAAAGAAGAAGAAGAGAAGGAAAAUCCAUUCAAAGGAAUGGAUCUGGCCAUGUUAUUGCAACUCAGCGACGAGGAAUUAAUUGAAGUGCGACCUUGUUUACAUUACUGUUUACAAAUCGUUGGCUUUAAUUUCACUUUUUGGGACAAAAACUUGAUUAAAAACAUUAUAUAUAGAACAGAAAAAAAUGUAACCUCAGUAAAAUAUGUAAAGGAGAAGGGGGUUAUAAACGGUAAUAUUUAAUUAAUUAAUUCCUUUCAGAAAUUCUUCCCAGCCACGGACAAGGGCAAACUACAGGACCUGAAGAGCACCGUGGAUUUGCUCACAUCCAUUACAUUCUUCCGAAUGAAGGUCUUGGAGCUCGCAAGUCCCCCCAGGGCAUCUACCGUAAUGCAAGGAUGCGUCAAGAAUUGUAUGGAGGUAAGGAUAUUCAAUGAUGCAUUCUUCUGAUGACUGAUCUCAUGGAUACUGUAAAUUGUUUCAGCCGACUUACCACGCUUUGUACGAGAACUGCGCGAACGAGGCGGGUGAUGACAAUAGUGUCAAAUUCUGGUUCGACUUCCUCGAUUACAUAAUGCGAGUCAUCGAGGACGACAAGAACAUUUACACCCCGGUGCUAAACCAAUUCCCUCAAGAACUAAAUGUCGGAAACAUAUCAGCCGCCUGUUUGUGGAAUCAGUACAAAAAUGAUCUACAAGGCAUGCUCAAAGGUAAGAAUUAUGUUCUGAUUCUGACGAGGGGCAACGUGAUAUAAAAAUUGUAUUGAAACUACCUAAAUGACUUACUCUUCGGCUUGUGUGAAAGGACAGGGAAAUAAAAAUGAUCUUUCGAUCUGAUCUGUUCUUUGGAAUAUCAGAUUUACAGUUAGUGAUGACGGAUUUUGCGAUUUUAUUAGCGAAAAAUUAAAAAUUUUUUUAAAAAAUUAAAAUAUGUCAGAAUUACUGUCAUAAAUGAAAUAAAAUAUUUUCAGAGCACGCGGAGAACCCGAACGCCCGCCAAUCGAAGAAUGGCGUCACCGAGUACAUGAACCUCUAUUUCAAAGUCAAGGGUUUCUAUUUCAAGUACAUCGCCGACCUGCCCGAGUACAAGAACUCGAUACCCGAAUUCCCAGCGUAAGUAUCGAGUGUCCCAUAAAUAUGUUGGCUGUUUAGAUGGUUCGGCGGUUUCGUGAUGGAAUGGUUGGGUGAGAACGACGAACAUUCCAUGGACAUUCUCCGGAAUGCCUAUCUGCUGGACAAGGACAACAACUUCCCGCAGACCUCGGAACAUACCAAGUUCAGUAAUAGUGUGGUGGAUGUGUUUGCCAAGUUAAAUCAGGCCUUGACACUCCUUAAACAGAUGGAUUGCCCGAAUCCAGAGGUGGCAGUGGACAUGAUGAAACGGUAAGAGCUUAUUUUUUAUUUUUCACUAGCCAUCUAAAGCUUAAGGUGGCUCAAUUCUGAUGGCUUUCGAUUUUAUAUUCAAAGUUAUUUAUGCGGAACAUACUAUUAUAAACCCUAGCGAACGUGUGGUUUGUUUGUAUCUCACAUUAAUUUUGUGAUUUAUUUAUCCUUUUCCCAGAUAAAUCUUAAAUUUUCUGUGUAUUAUGUAUGUAUUCACUUCCAAUUGAAGCCACAACCAGUUACAGUAACCCUAUUGACUUAAAUACCUUGUUUUCAGAUUCUCCACGACGCUGAACAAGGUGUUGUUGGCCUAUGCUGACAUGGUUCAGAAGGACUUCGGGAAAUUUGUGGACUCAGAGAAGCUGGCUUGUAUUCUCCUUAACAAUAUUCAACAACUUCGAGUGCAACUGGAGAAGAUUUACAAGGAAAUGGGGGGUGAUGACUUGGAUGAGGAGUCCAGAAGAGUCCUCAAUAAUCUCCAGAAGAAGCUGAACAGUGUUUUGGACAAGUUAUCUUCCCAGUUUGUAUCCACAUUGGAACCUCAUAUUCAAGAACAAACAGCCAAAUUGGGAGCAUUACUCUGUAAAAUCAAGGGAACCCAAGUGGAAUCCAGUCAACUUGGUCCAGAUGUGGAUAUGGUGCUGGUUCCGUUGAUGGAUUUGCUGGAAGGAUCGCUGCAACGAUAUGCUCAGCAAUGCGAAAAGACCGUGUUGAAGUACAUCCUGAAGGAGUUAUGGAAAUUGACUAUCAUGAAUAUGGAGAAGAUGGUCGUUUUGCCGACUAUGAGCGAUAAGGCGGUAGGUUUCGGGCCAGUUUAGGGUUUUGUCAGACCUAAAUUAUAUGAUUUCUGACCAAUGUUUUACUAUCCGCGCCAUCUAAAUCAACAUUUUCCAGUUGAUUAAACAACUUCCCAAUGCCAAAAUCGGAGAUGUGACCAAGAUAAUGUCCCAUGUUAAGGAUGUUAAGGGAAUGAGUUCCGUGAAGGAAGUAAUGGACAUUGCCCGAGAUUCCGAGAGAUCCUUGACCCCCAAACAAUGCACCGUGCUGGACGCUGCUUUGGAUGCGAUCAAAGAAUGUUUCCACGCCGGAGGACAAGGACUCAAGAAGACAUUCUUCGAGAAGUCUCCGGAAUUACAAUCUCUAAAAUACGCCUUGUCGUUGUACACUCAGACAACUGAACAGCUGAUCAAGACCUUUAUCAGCACGCAGAAACAACAAGAUCAGCCAUCGCAGGAUCAACCGGUCGGAGAGAUCAGCGUUCAAGUCGAUCUCUUCUGCAAUCCAACUACCGGAGAGCAAAAAGUUACUGUGAAAAGUAAGCGUUCUCCACUUUGACCCAUACUGUGAUCGAUUUUGCCGGGUUUAUGAUACCAAGUACAAUGUAAUUUCAGUUAUUGCCGCCAACGAUCUCCGUUGGCAGACCACUGGUGUCUUCAAACCCUUCGUUGAAGUCCAUUUGGUUGGCCCUUAUCUGAAUGACAAAAAAAGGAAAUUCGCGACCAAAACCAAAAAUGGAAAAUGGGAUCCGAAGUUCAAUGAGACCUUCGUAUUGUAAGUAAAUCCUAUUUUUAAUAAACUGCUUCUUUUAGUUUGCUCGGAAACGAAGGAGAACCCGAAAAUUACGAACUGAUGUUCCAAGUAAAGGACUAUUACAUGGUCAGAGAAGAUCGAAUCGUCGGAGUGGGGGUUCUGCAGCUGGCUCAAGUGGUCACUGAAGGUAGGAGAAUAUCUGAAAAGGGCCUUGAGAUUAAUGACCGGCAAUACAUAACAAAUAAUUUCAGGUUCUCUCGCCCUCUGGGUCCAACUCGGACGUCAACUUUAUAUCGAUGAAACCGGCCUAAUCCUUCUACGAAUCCUCGGCCAACGCCAAAACGACGACAUUGCCAAAGAAUUCUACAAACUGAAGACGGACAGUCGUUACGAAUCCGAAUCCGUGAUGACAAAUUCAGCGUCGAGUCAGCAGAUCCGCCAAUAG